UAUAGCAGGAAUACUUAUCGCUUCGUGCUGUAAUAUAAACUUAUGUUAAGGAAACAGGUUAGUUAUUUAGUUCUCGGGAGUGUGGGCGAUGGGCCGUGCGCGUGCUAUGUAUGCGUUGUGUGUGUUAUGUGCGUUAUGGCGGGGCACGGCGAGCGUCGACUAUUGUCAACAACUUAGGCAAUCGAAUCUUGAAACUGGGCGAGGCAGCAAGAUCCCCGAGCGCGCGCUAUCGAAGGAUGGCAUGCCGAAUAUACUCAAGCUAUGCGCGCACGACUCUGUGCCGACAGCGGCACGGGCGAUUAUGCGCGCGUUGCUGGUGCAUGGACUACGAUAUCGCGAGCAUGAGAUCGUGGAAGAAGAGUGCUCGCUGCUGCAGCUACAAAGGCUUAUAGAUACAUACGACAAUAAAUACUUCGUACUGAGCGUGGCGACAGCAUGGCGGAACGAAGGCACCUCUAGAGCUCAGUGUAUCGAUGGAGCCUGCGGGCUCGCGGGCUCCCGUCUCGACGUACUCGGCCGCGGUGCGGUGCCCGCCGCCCGACGUCUACUCGCGCGCCUGGCGCCCGGGGCCCCAUUCCAUUGUCUGCAGAACUGGGAGAAGCUACGAGCUCCUGAAUGUGGAUUUAUUGAUGACUUCGUGCCUUAUAGAAAACCUUGCAGCAAGUCGCCGAAAAUCGCGUGCUCUGGCGAAUGUGUGACGGUGGCGAUAGAAGCGGGCGACUAUGAAGAAGAACAAUGUAAAUUAGCACAAGAACUAGCCGAAGUAGCUGAACUACCACUGCGUCUAACUUAUUCUUUUAAUUAUUUGAUACCAGAGCGCACCAACAGCUCGUACCUCUUAUUUGACUUCGAUAUUUUGAUUGAAAAUAAUGAGCGAAUAUGGCCUGCACCUUCUCACCCUAACUUCACCUUGCCGGAUGCAGUUUCUUUGUCAUUAGGAGAUGUUCGCACACUACUACGUUUUGCUCCUCCAGUUCUGAGUCUCGCGUAUCGCUUCCAGCCACCAGCUUCGAUGCUGCGUCGAGUCCUAGCCAAUAGCAUAAAACUUGGAAUUGAUACAGCGGCUUGUGAAGCAAUCGUCGAUUCCGACAAGUAUCAAGACCUCGCCCGGUCCUGGCUCUCAUGCAACGACACCUUUUGCAACAUGAAACCUAUCGUGCUCAUCUACGUGUGUGAAGCGGACGAAAAUAUGGACACGCGCUAUGAAGCUAUCAGAAAAAUAGCACAAAGCCACUGGUUCAACACAACCAAUCGAACUAGUUUUUUGAGUCUGGAGUACAUGACGAUAGACUGCUCGGAAACCGAUGCAGUGCAAAACGAUUUGCAUAAUUUUAUGACAAACUACGAGUUUAAGAGCUUGCGUGGUGUUGUGGCUAUGGGGUCAGGGGGAGCGUCGUCGCUGCCGGAGUUCGCGAGGGACAUGGCAUACGUGCCGUUGGUGCUGGUGGCGCCGCCCCCGAGCGGCGCGGACCUGGCCAGCGCGCGCAGCACUGCUCCGUCCGCGUCGGCGCUGGCGUCGGCGGUGCGCGCCCUGCUGAGCGGCUGCAGCUGGCGGCGCGUGGCACUACUUAGAGAAGAGGGUCGAUGCGAUAUAUGGAAGCGGUCUCUGGGAGUAGCGGAGGCGUUAAACGAGCAAGAUCUUGUACCAUAUCAGGACAUAGUGCAAGCGGACAACGCGACGGACGCACUUGACGAGCUGCAAGCGCAAGACGCGCGCGUCGUUGUGAUAGACGCUAGUGCGGACACGGCAAAGAACGUUCUGGCAACAGCGCAAGAACGGGGACUCACGAUGAAAGCUGGCUAUGUGUGGAUCGUCGUCGGCGCUGCGGGAAACUCUUCCAAUUCAGACUGGCUGCCGACCAACUCAGAGUUCUCUUACCUGACCGUAAGCGGUGGCUGGCGCGGCGGGCCCGCGCCAAACGGACUGCUCGGCUCCUCGACUCUACGCGAUGCUUUAGGCAAUCAAUUCCAAAGAUGGCCGCCGCAUACGUCGGCGCUCGUUGACGCCAUACUGCUAAUGCUUGAAGGCACGGCGCGAUUGGAAGAGCGGUAUCCGGAGCACAGAGAUGAUCCGCAUCGCCCCGACGUGGCCAGGAAAUUCUCAGAGAUUCUCGACAGCAUCACAGUGCCGGGCGUGACUCAAGAUAUACACGCGAAUUCUACUCCUGCCGUCUUCGCACACCGCUGGACGUCGGAAGGUGUGCAGCUUAUGGCUGCGUGGGAUGGUGUGAAGAAAAUACAUAUUGAUAAAGAGCAACUGUGCGGCGCCGUGCUCGACGGCCCCGGCUGCUACACCACACGUUCCGGCAGUCGCUUCACCCCCCACUGCCAUGAUUUCGCAUGGGCUGUCCUAGCCUGUGCGCUGGCGUUCGGGCUGCCAUCUCUCUACGCCGCCCACGUCGCACGCCGUCGCCGUCUUCAGCGCCGAGACCGCGCCAUAGAAGAGCGGGUUUUGCUCCGCGGCGGCCACUCCGCCGCCGAAGCCGCCGCCGGCGCCGCUUUAGCUGAACACGCCGUUCCUCGCGAUGCCUUGCAAUUGCUGGAUGAGUUGGGCACUGGGCACUAUGGGGUUGUACAUCAGGCGGUGUUGCGCCGCCCAACGAGAGCUGCGCUUGGAGUUGCUGUCAAGGCGCCACGAGCAGAUGCGCCUGUUGGUGCGGCUGCUGAGUUACUUCGUGAAGCAGCACUUCUCGCGACUCUGAAACACGACCAUGUAGUGCGUUUCACAGGCGUGUGCUGGGAGGGCGGGCCUCUAGUCCUAAUGGAGCAUGCCUUCUACGGCGACUUGCGGCGGUACCUACGCGCCCGGCGCACUCUAGCUGAGCGCGCCCGCGCCGGCCUCCCGGAGCCGGAGGCGGCGCACGUAGCGGCGGCGGCGUUGACGAGACUAGCCCGUGAAGCGGCGGCGGCGUUAGGGUAUCUAGCGCAUCAGCGGCUGGUACACAGGGACGUUCGCGCCGCCAACUGCUUGGUGGACGUCCGUCGGUCUCUGAAAUUGGCCGAUUUUGGGAUGGCGCGACGGUUAGAUAAACCAGGGAAGAGAGAAUACUUAUGCAAGCGACGCGCCAUGUUUCCAGUGCUAUGGAUGGCGCCAGAAUCCCUCUCUCGCGGCGUUUUCUCAGCGGCCAGCGAUGUCUGGGCACUAGGCGUGCUGCUACUGGAACUAGCCACGCUGGGCGAGCGGCCGUACGGCGCGUGGACCACACCUCGAGUUCUACGCCAUGUGCGUCAAGGCGGCGCACCACCGCUGCCACAAGACGCCGCGCCUAGCACACGCGGCAUAACAGCGGCUUGCUGGCACCGUUCGCCCGAGGAACGACCGACGGCUGCCGAACUAGUCGCCUAUCUCGCCGAUCAUCCUCGCGCCAUACAGCCAGCGUUAGAACCAUACGCCGAUGCCGAUAUAAACGCAGACGUCGCUCCGGAUACAGAUGUUUACAUUGACGAGUGGACUGUUAACUAAUAUGCACCUUACCUACUAGAAGUGCAAUGUGCGAAAUGAGGGAAAUAUAAGUGACGAUAGCGCACGAUUCGGUAAAAAUGUGUAGACAUUUUCAUACUAGGUAUCUAACAGUAGUAAACAGCCAAAUAGCUAAUGU